GAUGAAGCAAAAUGUGAAAACUCUUCAUUAUUUGAAGACAUCACAUCAACUCGUGCACUUAUAUCAGACUUACAACUAAAAUUAUCAGAAGCAUCAAUCGGGAAUAAUCAGAAAAUAAAAGAACAAGAAAAGUGCAUAGUUACAAUGAAAAAUCAACUCGACGAAAGCCGAAAAUCUUUGGAUAACUUACAAAUAAUAAUCGCUGACCUAGAAGCCACCACAGCAUCUUUAGAGUUUGAGAAAUCAUCAGCAGAAAUACGCCUGCACGAACUUGAAACACAAACACAAAGUGAAAUAAUCCGCAGUAACGAAAUGAAAAGAGCCAUGCAGAGUACUCUAUCAUUGAUAAUUGAAAUGAAAGAACGCGGGAAUAUUUCCCCACAUGUUCAUAACCAGCUGCUUCAGUCAUUUAGUGUGGCGCACGUCUGAAGUUGGGGUAAUCAAGACAAGAUGGCGCCUGAUGUUCCAAUACAACGUUAAAUUCAAGUAAAGUUUAUACGUGCGUGAUAGUAUAAUAAAUAACCUCUAACUAAUUUCGUUUCGUUUUGCCGUGCUUUUUGUUUACAAUUUCUAAACGUAAUGUCAUUUUCUGAUUCUCCCGAUAAUAAUUACUCUUCCAUUUUAAAUGAAAUUGAACAAGAGGAGGAAAAAUACAAAGAAUUGAAAAAAGAACUAGAAACAUGUAAAAACCACCUGCGCGCUAAUGAAAUACUCAACAAUCCCGAGUUUACCCGCGAAAAGUUAUUCCAAGUGCGCGUAAAAGUUUUCCGAACAUUUACGGACCUGCUGGCGGUCUUACCGGAAAAGGUCACCACCGAAGAGCUAUCAUCCCCAACCCUCAACGCCCUCUCUGAUGAUUGCAACAUCUUCCUUAUCGAGCUUUUCGUCUCUCGUCCCUUCCAUAACAAGCUCCUCGCAAAAGAAUGGCUCGUAGACUUUUCCAUCGCCGCUGGCGGUCGUAAAAUCGCCAAAUCCGUGACCCUACGAAACCGCGCCGCCAACCCUAUCACCGCUGUACUAGCAGUCCCUCAACGCAGGACUAACGAUGAAAUCGUAGAAGUAUUCCUCACGUCUCCGACGAAUUGGCGCCGUAUUCAGUUGGCGAAGAUUCCAAGCGAUGUUUCAUUCAAGUUUACCAAUUGCAAAUCGAAGGCCGGUGUUUCUGUAGACCAGGCGAUUGAAAAAAUCAAUCGGAUUUAUGCGGAGCAUGAGGAUAAGCAGCAGCCAUCAACGACGAACGAGUUGCUCAGCUACAAGUUGCGUUGUGAGCUCGAUAGAGAGUCCUUCAUCGCGGCGACGGCGCGCAACUCAUACGCCAGCUUGGAUCCGGCGCAAAUUAUUUCUAACGAGGGUAAUCGCCCCGCCAAAAUCGAAAUUAAUGAUCAACGGGUGCAGUUGGAAUUGGACGUCGGCAAGAAGUGCUUGCGGAUCGAGGCGCCCGGGGAGGAAUUGUGCCAAUUGAAACGAUAUUUUACGAUGGCGUCCCUUAACGACGGCCGGAAGUGGCAAAAGCAAGAUUUCCAGCACAUACAAUCAGUUAAUAUUCUCAAGGACGCUAGGACGAAGCUAAUGGACGCCAUGAAGUGCAAUCGCAUAGAUAUACACGAUCUGCUCAACAUUUAUGAUGUUUACAGCCGAUUUGUCGAUAACUGUCCAUUAUAAAUCUCAACACAAAUAGAUUUUCAACUUGUGUGUGCA